ACUUGACCACGAGGGACUGCUGGAGGUCAUGCUGGACGAGAGGCGGACAUGGCUUGGACAACGCACGGCUUAUAGGAUUAAAACGUCCUGCUCGGAUGACGUGCCUCUGACUUCCAUUCACCCGUGGCUCUCUGUGCAUAACCGGUACAAAAUGGUAUUCAGUGCACAAGUACGUACGCUUGUCUCAGAGUACCUGGGAUUUAGCUGCGGCAGCUUUGACCCGUGCCAACAACCCUGCUGUCUCAUCCAGAGGCAGCACAGCCAGCACAUGCCACAGCGGUGUCCUGAUCACCCUUCUCUCCAGUUAAAAAUGCACUCUUGGAACUCGCUCCGCUCAAAUGUGCCAAGCACCUUAUAAGGAAGAGGAAGCGCAGAGCUGUUUUUAUCUCCAGAGCUUAUGAAAAACUCCGCUACAACAUUCCCAGGAGGACCCCCACGAAAGUCUGAAUCUAGUCUUAAGAAGCCAAAGGUCAAGGAUAGGAAAAAGGUUGCUGGACAAGGUCAGUGGAAGAGGUCAUCCAAAACACACAUUUCCCUGGCUACAACAUCAAUCGCAUUGUUACGCUAAUCCUCUGGCAGGGGAACGGACAAUGAGAAACGCCUGUGUGCAGUCGGAGAAUAAACAGAGUGUUGCUGAAGGGAUUCAUGGGAAGAUUAAUAAAAUUGAAACUUUAAGUUAACAAGCAAGCCAUGAUGGAACACAUUAACGACACAAUGGAUGGAAAACUGAUCGUACCAGAUGCUGUUUUAAACAACAGCAACAUUUUGUUCUGGAAAAAACUAAAAUGUAUGGAAUAAAAAUAAAUAAAUAAACACGUAUAAAGAAUCGCCAAGUGACACGAUCACGUCAUGUCGUCUUCGGGCCUCUAGAGAUUUUCACCCCUGCUGUUCAUAACAAUCAGCAAAACAUGCAGAACUAACCUCUCAGUUCUCAAACUGAUAACGUCUGAUGAGAGGGAACAUGGAACAGAGAGAUUCACAGCCCUGAUCCUUUUAUGGAGAAUUUCAUUUCGAAUCUACUUUAAGCUCAGAAAGAACAAAAAAGAGGCCAUAAAAACAAAAGUGUGAGAUGAUAGCUCAGACCCCUCCUACGCAUCUCUGUUUUGCUAUCAUCCCCUCGAUUUCUCCUCCCCUCUGCGUUCUUUCACUCAUAAACUCUCAGACAUCCUGAACAAAACUCCCAGAGCUCAUUGUCAGCCACUGAAGCAGUGUGAGGACCGGAGCGAACCGGACGUAAAAGCCCACCGGCGCAGGCUGGACCACGGCCUUACUUCCACAGGCUCAGCACCCUGCGUGUACAGUGCUAGCGUACUAUGGAGAAGGUGCAGCACAUGACCCGUGCAGCCAUCAGGAGGGCGUCCACUAUGGAGGUUCCCCAGCAGGCUAAGCAGAACAUGCAGAACCUCUUCGUCAACUUCUGCCUCAUCCUCAUCUGCCUGCUUCUCAUCUACAUCAUCGUCUUGCUAAUCUCUUUCCAUAUGUGACGGAUGGCCAGCAUGGUGUAACCUCGUCCUCCUCCCGGCACCGCACGCCGCGCACGUCCGUCCCUGAGCCGCACGGCGCCUCACUGCGAGCUCGCACUCCGAGAUCUCCCAGCUCCGACACGCCAGCUCUGACGUCUGCACCAUGGAUCUCACCAACAACCGAGGUCUCAACCUGCUGCUCAACUUCAUGCUCAUUGUCAUCGUGCUGCUGCUCAUGCUCAUUCUCGUCAAGCUCAUGUGACCGGAGCUGAGUCGCUCAGCAAGCACUCAGGACUUAAUAUGGCCUGAACUCCUGUACUAUAGAGAGAGGUACCAGGAUUCUCUCUCUCUAUCUCUCUCCCCUCACUGACUCUCACUCUCUCUCUCUCUCUCACACACACACACACACACACACACAGUCUCUGAAUGUCUGUUCCACUCUAUUUAUCACUUUAUAAACCCCGUUAUGAUGUAUCGCUUUAAGAUGAAGUGCUUGUUAAACGUGCGUUCUUAACCACAACCUAAAAUCCAACCUGAUCCAAACCACACGUUAGCUCAUGUCGUUGCUCGGAUUGUUAAAUCCGUUAUGAUUUCUCCGGUAAAGUGCAGCACCAAACGUUUUCCUGCCUCUGAAUAGCCUCAGACUUUUAGCUACGUCACUGUAAUGGUCGUGAGAUUAGAAACUAAAAGCCAGUAAGCGACGAUGUGACACUUUUCAUAAGCGAGUCUGAGGAAACACUUGUUUCUUCUUCGCCGAUUAAAACUCUUUAUAGUCUGGAUUGAUUUGCCGUGUGAAGGCGGAACAGCCUAAUUCUGCUGGACAUUGUGUGUGAAAAUACUAUAAAGACACGUCAGGACGCGCUCUGUCCUUUUUACAUUCUUCCACAGAAACUAAACAAAAAAAAUAGAAUAGAAGUUAUAAUAUAGAUCAUGGUUUUUUUUAGGGAAGUUAUCGAGUUCCACAUGAGCUCAGAUUAAUCUUACGUACACGUUACACUCGUCUUUUGCUCAAACACAACUUCAGACUCACAACUAACCCUUGUUUGUUGUGUGUGUAUAUAGUAUUACGUGUAUGUAGUAUACAGUAGGGUUAAGAACCACAGGCUUCGAUUGUACCACCUGGUGGUGACAUUUAUACUGCGAUCUAAUAAGUAAAAUCCUAACAGCAAGGUCUUUAAAGGUGCGGUGCACGAUGUUUGAAAGCCAAUGUUGACAUUUGAAAUCACCAAAACAAACACACCCCUAACCCAAAUAGGUGUCACCCCUGUUUUUAUAGCUCUGCCCCACACAUACAUACGUAACCCAGGCAACUAUGAUGGCGGAACCUGCUGGGGCAGCUGGCCGAGGGGAGAUUUUUAUCAGUAAAUAAACACAAUGAGUAAUACUAUGGUAAUACAGAUGUGUUUUUGUAGUAAUGUGUGUUGUACCGUGAAAGGUUUCCUGCUUCUUGCCUUAUCGUAAGCCUUUUUUCCCGCUUUUCAUUUUUAUCCGCCAUGUCAAUGUUUCAAUCGCUUUCGCCUAAUGUCAGACAUGCGCGCUGAACACUCUCUCCGCCGCAUAUUGACAAGACACGCCCCUUUCUGCUCAUUGGCUACACGCUAGUUUUGUUUGUCGGCCCGACUCGGUUUUCUGAAGCAUUUCUCAAACACCGUGCACCCCACCUUUAACUGCCCUCCUCCACCCUGCUCCCUACUCUGUAUAAACUGCGCAGUGCAUUAUGGGACAUCUGCAGACCCUCGACUACAUCGUUCCAUUUGGCCCGAUGAUAAAAUUCAAAUAAAAUAAGAAGCAGUGUCUGGACUUUCCUUCUUAAACCUACCUGAUUCGGCACCCCGGGAUCGGGAGAUCAGUCUCGAUCGUCUUGAACAGCCGAUGUGUGCAAAAUGUUUUAUUUUUAUUUGCCUAGGUGUCACAUAAAAUGUCAUGUAGGCGAUGGGUGUAUUGUAAGUACAGAACUCCGAUGUAUUCGCAUCGGUUUAUCACUACUCUGAUAUUAUGGUCAUCUUUCCCAGCCCUACACAUCACUACUGUUUGUCUUGUGUAUAUUACUACACUAUGUUUGGCGUGUCGAUCACCAUCACAGCCAUGUGUGCUGGAACUGAAGGAACUGUGCUGCAACUGGUCAUGAUGAGUCUCCCAGUCAUAAAGACAGACAGCUGCAUGGGUGAAGAAUGAUGUACGAGAAUAAAACACACAUGGCUGUUUGAUUACAGAGAAUAAACCACCAUCUUAUAACAAUGAGGUUACUGUUUGGUUUGUAUAUAGUGCUCAUAGAAAUGUAAACCCAAGGGAAACAUGGGAAAUAAUAAUAAUAAUAAUAUAGUGUAUUUGAACGAAAUAAACAUCCACUGAUGAUCACA